AUGGAUCUAAACUGCACUCUUGGCCUACUGGAAAAAGAAGCCCGAAGAAGGAGAAUCAUUCUGAACCAGAAUCAAAAGAACACUCUUCGUGCGUGGUUUGAAAAGAAUCCCAAUCCAGAUUUAGCUACAAGGGGACAUCUGGCUAAGGAGUUGGGCAUCUCAGAGUCUCAAAUUAUGACUUGGUUUCAAAAGCACAGAAAAAUACAGAAACAAGGGGAGUUUGAUUGUUGCCUUGAAGAAAGCCAAACCCAGGGACAAGAUAAACCAAAAGUUAAAGAAGCUGGAAGGAGCAGAACACACUUCACAAAAUUGCAGAUUGAUACUCUAAUUGAAGCUUUCGAGAAGAAUCGAUUCCCAGGGAUUGCUACCAGGGAAAAACUGGCUCAACAAACAGGCAUCCCGGAAUCCAGAAUUCAUAUAUGGUUUCAGAACCGGAGAGCUCGGCAUCCAGACCACAAACAUAGCACUCAGGCAACUGCUCAGCUGCCCCGGAACAGCCAGUGCCCUGCCCUGAAGGCUACUGGUCAAUCUGCUCCUUCCAAAACUCUCACCAGCAGCUUGUCAGUUACACCAGCUCUUUCUCCACCCCACACACCACUUGGUCCUUUGGAUCUCUCUAUGGGCCGUCAGAAGCAGUUAUCAAGGACCACAGUACUCCAGCCCUCCCAGGUUGUACAGGGAAGGGGUGAUGGUCAGAAUUCUUCAGUGUACACUGGCCACUUAUCACCUAUAAUAACUCCAGGAGAGGAGGGCUUCCAUACUCAGGCUCCUUUAAGGCCCCUAAUCCAAGAAAGAUGGCAAGAUCCCAGGGAGAACAGUGGUUUGGCUGUACCAACCGUAGAUGAUUCUACUCAGGUUCCAGCUGUCAAUCAACACUUUCAGGAACUGAACCAGAAAGACCUUUCCUUUCUGCAAAACUGGGAUGAAUGGCUCCAAUCAAUGCUUGCUGAAUGGAUACCUGCCAAAGAAUACUGUUCUCCUGGUGAAUCUGAGCUGCAUCCGUGGCAGGGGCAGCUGCAGCAGCCUGCCAGUGUCUCUCAUGAAGUGGACAAAACUCCACAGCAGUAG